ACGUGCAAUAAUGACACCCGAUACUGCUCAACAAUCAAGUAAACUACUUGCAACUCUGCAAGCUGCAAACGGGAGAUACAGAGAGUAGAGAGAGAAAGAAGAGAGAGAGAGAGAGAGAGAGAGAGAGAGAGAGAGAGAGAGAGAGAGAGAGAGAGAGAGAGAGAGGAGAGAGAAUUAGGUGGAGAUGGAGGUGGUGCACAGGAGUGUUAAAACGAAUGGGAUGGAUAUGCACGUUGCGGAGCAAGGGAGCGGGCCACUGGUUCUGUUUAUUCAUGGGUUUCCUGAGCUCUGGUUUUCAUGGCGGCACCAGAUGGAUUUCAUGGCGAGGCAUGGGUACAGAGCGGUGGCUCCUGACCUUCGAGGCUAUGGCGACACCGAAGCCCCAGCUCUGCCUCAUACCUCUUACACUGUGUUCCACAUUGUUGGGGACCUUAUCGGCCUUCUCGAUGCCCUAGGACAGGAUCAGGUUUUUGUGGUUGGGCAUGACUGGGGUGCCAUCAUAGCUUGGCACCUCUGCCUCUUCCGGCCCGACAGGGUGAGGGCUCUCGUCAAUCUUAGCGUCCCCUAUCACCCUCGCUCUCCACUUCACAAACCAGUCGAGUCGUGGACUCGAGCCUUUGGUGAUGGCUUCUACGUCACCCAGUUCCAGGAGCCUGGAAAAGCUGAAAUGGCCUUCGCCCGAUAUGAUACUUUGACAGUAAUCAAGAAGAUUUUACUGUCAAACACCUCAGACCUAUUGGCAGCUCCUCUUGGGAAGGAGAUCAUUGAUAUUUUGGAAGCUCCAUCGUCAUUACCAUCAUGGAUUACUGAAGAAGAGCUCCAAUAUUACGCCUCCAAAUUCCAGAAAUCAGGAUUCACGGGCCCGCUGAACUAUUAUCGAGCACUGGACCUGAAUUGGGAGCUUAUGGCGCCAUUGCAAGGGGCCAAAAUAAAUGUCCCCACAAAGUUUAUAGUGGGCAAUAAAGACUUUGGCUUUGAAGCUUAUAGGACAAGGGAUUAUGUCCUCGGAUCCACAUUUAAGGAAUAUGUACCAAAUCUCGAAGUUGUUAUCAUUGACGGGCAUCAUUUUAUACAGCAAGAGAAGGCAGAGCAAGUAAAUGAUGAGAUACUUUCCUUCUUCAAAACUUAUUGAUCCUGUAACCUAUUCCACACAAAUGCUUAAGUCCACCACCUCUUGUUGUUUAUUUGUUGUAUUUCUUAUUUUCUCUGGGUGUCUAAUGAGAUUUCUCAGCUACAAGAUUAUACAAAUAAAACCAAAUCAUGUAUGUUACGCCUUGGCUUUUUGAGGACUUGCUUUUAGUAUGUAUAUGGAGUAUUUGAAUCAUAUUUUGAAUCUCAUUAAGAGUCAAAAAGUGAUGCAUGAAUUGUAUGAUAAUAAAUGUUUGUAUCAGAAUUUGAUUGCUGGA